GUAUGUGGACUUCGAGCAGCAGAAUCCGCGCUUCUAAUUGGCCGACAGAGUUCACCUGGCCUACAUCGUGGUCGCUGAUUGGUGCGAAUUGUGGACAGCUUUGUAGGGAUAUAUUUCUGUAGUUCUCUCCAGUAGCGUUGCAGUGCGGGGAAACACGUGUAAAAACUACACUUCCCUGCUACGAGAACUAUUAGCGACGCUAUCUUUGAAACGCAGAAGGUCACACGCAUGCUCUAGAUCACCGGGGCCGCUAUUUGAAAUCAGUGGAGGAAAAUGCGUACCAGUUAAUAGAGGUAUAGCAAUUUUAUACACUUAGCCAGUAACGUUACGGAAGAAAACCACUCGAUGGUAACACGUAAGAGAUUUAUUAAGCUAGCGUUCGACGAAGUAAAGACCUGCUGUCAGAAACGAAGCAGGUAGCUUAGCUUGUCCGCUAGCUUCUCUUCAAAGCUUAUAAAUAUUAGGCCUUCACAUGACCACCACUAUGUUGAGGAGACUGUCGAGGCUUCACGGCCGCUUGGGAAGCGUCUUCUCUCCCGUUCACAUGUGCGCAAGAAGUCAGUCCUCAGCCACAGCAGAACGAAAACGAUUUUAUCAAGAUGUCAGUAUAUCCCAAGGGGAAGGUGGUUUGUAUGAGAUCAACCUAGACAGGAGAAAAUUGAAAACGCCUGGAGGGAAGCUGUUCACAGUGCCAAAUGAAGCACUGGCCAUCGCCGUGGCAACCGAGUGGGAUGCUCAAAGGGACACACUGAAGUUCUACACCAUGCACCUGAGUACACUGUGCAACACGGCUCUGGACAAUCCCACCCAACGUGACAAGGACCAGAUGAUCACUGCGGCCCUGAAGUUCCUGGAGACCGACACUGUCUGUUAUAGAGUCGAUGAGCCCAACGCAUUGGUUGAGCUACAGAAGAAUGAGUGGGACCCUGUGCUGCACUGGAUGGAAAAAAGAUAUGAUGUCAAAAUUGGGUCCUCAUCCAGUAUUUUGGGUCCUGAGAUCCCAAAGGCAACCAAAGACACUUUCCGGCAACACCUGACUUCUUACAACUUCUGGUCCCUGACAGGCCUUGAGUAUGUGAUCACCCAGCUGAAGUCAGUUGUGUUGUCCAUGGGGAUGAUUGACAGGCAUCUGACAGUGGAACAAGCUGUGCUGCUCUCCAGACUGGAGGAGGAAUACCAGAUUGGGUUCUGGGGAAACGUGGAGUGGGCCCAUGACUAUGACAUGUACGAGCUGAGGGCACGAACCGCAGCUGGAGCUCUUUUUGUUCACCUCGCAUCGGAGAGUUCGACCGUCAAGCGCAAACUUAUGCAGGACUGAGAGGGAUGAGCUCAAAACGACAUCAAAUGAGAACAUACCAAGCAGCUCUGUGUAUCCGUGCUUCUCUUUCUAUUGAGACUAACAACACAUCCUGUUUGGCAGUGACUGUUUAUGGAGUCAACAUUGGCUGUCUUUAUGCUGUGUGAAUAUGUGGCUGUGGCCAAGUGGGCCACCCCUCAGCGAGUUUCCACUCAUCCGUAACAUUUUGGACCCUCCGCAUGGUUUCAACAGAGCAGUGACUAAUGUUGUCUGUUUGGUGGCGGAAUGUUAAUUCCGAGUCUGCUUUCGCACUGUGCCACAUUUGUACGCUGCAAAGAACAAAUGUUAUAAGAACGUCACACUCUCCAUUCUAAUUGUGCUGUGUACAUUGUUUGGUCUGCAAUAGAUUAAACAUACUGCAUUCAAAUGGUUUUCUGUAGUUAAGAUCGACCAUAUUCAUGUUGUAUUUAUUUUGUGAUGUAUAAAGAUACCUAUUCAUUAGUGUAAUCUCCACUUUGUUGUUUCUUUUUAAACGAUUUUAAUCCAAUGGAAAAGUAGACUGAUUUUUCAUUAAUUUGUUAUUUCAAUGCUUAAGGUCUUGCUACUAUUACUGUUGAAAUUCCACCUUUUUGUAAGCAAAAUGUCAGUAAAGAUUAUAGAGAACUAAAGUCCAAACACAGCAAAACAUAUUGUUGCGUGUCUGUUGUGUGUCAUUAAAAUCUAUAAGGAAGACUGCUACAGUCACACAA